AUGGCUCCACAGAAAAUAAGAUUGUAUAACGACGAUUAUAUAAAGUUUGGUUUCACGUUCAUUCAAAAGGAUGGUAUCCAAAUGCCACAGUGUGUUAUUUGUCACGUUGUGUUAAGUAACGAUGCUCUCCGACAAAGUCGACUAGAACGACAUUUAACCACAGCUCAUCCGAUGCUAAAAGAAAAACCUAAAGAGUUUUUUGUUGCUAAAAAAAAUUCUUUAAAUAAAAUGAAACUUGACAGAACCGGAGAAUUUCAACAGAAUAAUGAAAAAAUUAUUGAAGCUUCAUAUCACAUCGCCUUUAUGGUGGCUCAGCAAAAGAAACCACAUACAUUGGGUGAAACAUUAAUUAAGCCUAGCAUACUUAAAACCGUUGAAAUAGUACUUGGUGAAGAAAGUAAAAGGAAAGUUUCUCAAAUAUCUCUUUCAGACAAUACAAUCAAACGACGCAUUGAUGAAUUAGCUUUGGACAUACAAAAUCAGUUGAUUUAUAAAUUAAAAAAUUCCAAGAGCUUAUGUUUUCCCAGGCCUUAA